GGGUAUGGAGAGCGGCCCCGGGAGCCUGCAGCCGCUAGAACACGGGGUGGCCGCCGAGCCAGCGCCAGGGGCAGGUUCUCCGCAGGAAGGGCAACCGGAGACCAGGCUCGCCGCUGGGGAUGGUCCUGGAGUAUGGGCGGCGGAGAGCAGCGGCGGGAAUGGGCAGGGGGCGGCGGCCGCCGGAAGGAGCCUCUUGGACUCGGUUUCUCCCGCCGGCUCUCCUCAGGUUCCCGGACCCUGCAGCUCCUUCCCGGCCUUGGACUUAAAGGAGAGCGAUUUGAAGAAUCCUUCCGCCCAGAAGACGCCUCCGAGAGGGCAGCACAAGGUGACCGCCUCUCCGGAGACAGCCGAGGCCGGAGCGGACCAUGGAUCGGGUCCGGCCGGAGACGCCGGCCCCCGCCCGGAUGCCGCCGGCACCUGCCGGGCAGAGUUGGCGGCCGCCAGGUCCGAGGAGCCCAGCAGCGCUGGCGGCCUCAGCAGCAGUUGCAGCGACCCGAGCCCUCCUGGGGAAUCGCCGAGCCUGGACUCCCUGGAGUCGUUCUCUAACCUGCAUUCUUUCCCCAGUAGCUCUGAGUUUAAUAGUGAGGAGGGAGCGGAGAACAGGGUCCCUGGGGAGGAGGAGGAGGAGGGCGCGGGCGCGGCGGUGUUGCCCGGGGCUGUGCCUCUGUGCCGAGAAGAGGAGGAGGAGGAGGGGGAGGAAGCUCAGGUAUUGGCAGCCUCCAAGGAACGCUUCCCGGGACAGUCUGUCUAUCACAUCAAGUGGAUCCAGUGGAAGGAAGAGAACACGCCCAUCAUCACUCAGAAUGAGAAUGGACCCUGCCCUUUGCUGGCCAUCCUCAAUGUUUUGCUUCUGGCCUGGAAGGUGAAACUUCCACCGAUGAUGGAAAUCAUAACUGCUGAACAGCUGAUGGAAUAUUUAGGAGAUUACAUGCUUGAUGCAAAGCCUAAAGAAAUUUCAGAAAUUCAACGUUUAAACUAUGAGCAGAAUAUGAGUGAUGCUAUGGCAAUCUUGCACAAACUACAGACAGGCUUGGAUGUAAACGUAAAAUUCACUGGUGUUCGAGUAUUUGAGUAUACACCAGAAUGCAUUGUAUUUGAUCUUCUUGAUAUUCCUUUGUACCAUGGGUGGUUAGUGGAUCCACAGAUUGAUGACAUUGUAAAAGCUGUUGGUAACUGCAGCUACAACCAACUAGUGGAGAAGAUCAUCUCUUGUAAGCAGUCAGACAAUAGUGAGCUCGUUAGUGAAGGCUUUGUAGCUGAGCAGUUUCUAAAUAACACAGCCACUCAACUGACAUACCAUGGAUUAUGUGAACUAACUUCAACGGUUCAGGAAGGAGAACUUUGUGUGUUCUUUCGGAAUAAUCAUUUUAGCACCAUGACCAAAUACAAGGGUCUACUGUAUUUGCUGGUAACAGACCAGGGGUUUCUUACUGAAGAAAAAGUUGUUUGGGAAAGCCUACACAAUGUGGAUGGUGAUGGAAAUUUCUGUGACUCAGAAUUUCAUCUGCGGCCUCCUUCAGAUCCUGAAACCGUAUACAGAGGACAGCAAGACCAGAUAGAUCAGGACUACCUUAUGGCAUUAUCUCUACAACAAGAGCAGCAGAGCCAAGAGAUCAAUUGGGAACAAAUACCUGAAGGAAUCAGUGAUUUAGAACUAGCAAAGAAACUCCAAGAAGAAGAGGAUAGACGGGCUUCUCAAUAUUAUCAGGAACAGGAACAAGCAGCAGCAGCUGCUGCUGCUGCUUCUACACAGGCCCAGCAAAGCCAGCCAGCACAAGCCUCUCCAAGUAGAAGACAACCUGGGAAUAGUGAACGUAAACGAAAGGAACCUCGAGAAAAAGAUAAAGAGAAAGAAAAGGACAAAAAUAGCUGUGUCAUUUUGUAACAAGUGUUGGAUU